AUGGCCAACCUUAGUGUGAGGUCAGAGUUCUUCCUCCUGGGGUUCUCUGAGGUCCGGGAGCUGCAGCUGGUCCAUGCUCUGCUGUUCUUCCUGGUCUACCUGGCUGCCCUGAUGGGGAAUCUCCUCAUCAUCAUGAUCAUUACCCUUGACUGGCACCUCUGCACCCCCAUGUACUUCUUCCUCAAGAACCUGUCCAUCCUUGAUCUCUGCCUCAUCUCCACCACUGUCCCCAAAACCAUCACCAACUCUCUGACCAACCACAGAUCCAUCUCUUUCCUAGGCUGUGCUGUCCAGGUCUUCUCCGUGGUUCUGUUUGCCGGUUCAGAGCUGUUCAUCCUUACGGCGAUGUCUUACGAUCGCUACGUCGCCAUCUGCUGCCCCCUACGCUACGAAAUGAUCAUGAAUAGAGGGGUCUGUGUACAGAUGGCGGCCGCUUCUUGGUCCACCGCAGGUCUGUUUGGAAUGAUGUGCUCAGCUGGGACGUUCUCCCUGCCCUUCUGUGGAUCCCAUGUGGUCCCACAGUUCUUCUGUGAUGUCCCCUCUGUAGCCAAGCUCUCCUACUCUGAAACACACAUUGCCCUUGAUGUGAUCAUAAUCACUGGUGUUUCUUUUGCUGCAAACUUCUUAAUUUGCAUCCUCGUCUCCUACAUCCACAUCUUCUCUGCUGUGCUGAGGAUGCCUUUUACCGAGGGUCGGACCAAAGCCUUCUCCACCUGCCUGCCCCGCCUCGCCGUCACUACUGUGUUUUUCACCACGGUAGCCUUCUCCCAUUUGAAAUCAAUAUCAAAUUCCCCCUCAGCACUGGAACUGCUGGUAUCCGUGUUCUACAAUGUGGAUCCCCCCACUCUGAAUCCCUUGAUCUACAGCCUGAGAAACAGGGACAUGAAGGCGGCAAUGGGGAGGAUACUCGGCAAGACUCUUUUCACCAGGGUAUGAAGUGCCUCCUUUUGCCUUGACCCCGUCAUUUCUCUUCCCCCGCCUUGUCCCUGUAGAGGCUCUUCCAUCGCACAAAGAUCUGCAAUGUUUGUCUUUGUUCUAGAGUUUUCCUGGCCAUGCACUGCAUGCUAUCAAUGGCCUUAACUCAUCAAUUAUGGGAGUUUGUAUAAAACUGCUAUUGUCCUA